AUGUUCCCCAAUGGCACUGCCUCCUCUCCUUCCUCUCCUAGCCCCAGCCCGGGCAGCUGCGGCGAAGGCGGCGGCAGCAGGGGCCCCGGGGCCGGCGCUGCGGGCGGCAUGGAGGAGCCGGGGCGAAAUGCGUCCCAGAACGGGACCUUGAGCGAGGGCCAGGGCAGCGCCAUCCUCAUCUCUUUUAUCUACUCCGUGGUGUGCCUGGUGGGGCUGUGUGGUAACUCCAUGGUCAUCUACGUGAUCCUGCGCUACGCCAAAAUGAAGACGGCCACCAACAUCUACAUCCUGAACCUGGCCAUCGCCGAUGAGCUGCUCAUGCUCAGUGUGCCAUUUCUGGUCACCUCCACGUUGCUUCGCCACUGGCCCUUCGGCGCGCUGCUCUGCCGCCUCGUGCUCAGCGUGGACGCAGUCAACAUGUUCACCAGCAUCUACUGUCUGACUGUCCUUAGCGUGGACCGGUACGUGGCCGUGGUGCACCCCAUCAAGGCAGCACGCUACCGCCGGCCCACCGUGGCCAAGGUGGUGAAUCUGGGCGUGUGGGUGCUAUCGCUGCUUGUCAUUCUGCCCAUCGUGGUCUUUUCGCGCACGGCGGCCAACAGUGAUGGCACGGUGGCCUGCAACAUGCUCAUGCCUGAGCCCGCUCAGCGCUGGCUAGUGGGCUUCGUGUUGUACACGUUUCUCAUGGGCUUCUUGCUGCCCGUCGGGGCCAUCUGCCUGUGCUAUGUGCUCAUCAUCGCCAAAAUGCGCAUGGUGGCCCUCAAGGCCGGCUGGCAGCAGCGCAAGCGCUCGGAGCGCAAGAUCACCCUGAUGGUGAUGAUGGUGGUGAUGGUGUUUGUCAUCUGCUGGAUGCCUUUCUAUGUAGUGCAGUUGGUCAACGUGUUUGCAGAGCAGGACGACGCCACGGUUAGCCAGCUGUCGGUCAUCCUCGGCUACGCCAACAGCUGCGCCAAUCCCAUCCUCUAUGGCUUCCUUUCGGACAACUUCAAGCGCUCUUUCCAGCGCAUCCUGUGCCUCAGCUGGAUGGACAACGCCGCCGAGGAGCCUGUCGACUACUACGCCACAGCCCUCAAGAGUCGCGCUUACAGCGUGGAGGACUUCCAGCCAGAGAACCUGGAGUCUGGAGGCGGUGUGUUCCGUAAUGGCACCUGUACGUCUCGGAUCACGACUCUCUGAGCCUUGGCCACGCAAGGGCCCUGCGCCACGGGAGGAGGAAGAUGAGGAGGAGAAAGGGAGGCAGGGUGCGAGAGGUGAAAGUAUCCCCGGCGUCUGGGUGCGGUGGGGCAAAGUGGGGCUAAGACACUGUGUGCGUGUGGGGUGGAGAGACCAGGGAGAGUCGUGCGACAAAGUUGGAACUGGGCACUUUGCUUAUAAAUUGGGAAGGCUUGAGGGCCCCUUUCUCCUCUGUCUGCUACUUUCGCUCCUUCCUACACUGCGCUUGCACUUCUGCGCCCCUCUAUGCUCCCCACUCUGUAACUUGGAUCUUUCCUUCCGCCCCGUCCUGCAGGUGCAGAUCAUGAACUCAUAAACGUCGCCAACUCUGCCUGACCCUCAGCCCGGCCAGCCGUUAUUUUUGUUUGAGCUGAGCCACAGUUACCGCCACGGGUUUCCCACGGGAUGAGUCCCCAGCUCGCCCUCAGCCCCGCCCUGCCGCGCCCCUCCGCUAGCCAGGGACUGCCUGGCGCCCCUAGCGGAGUCUAGAGAAUCACCGCUCUGCGUUUGCGCAUCCCCGUUUGACGGGAAGUAGGACUGGAGAAUGAACUAGGCAGUAGGUCUUUUUCUUCUUUCAGGUGGGGUUGUGCCCUUGCCCGAACCCCCUCGCCACUCCCUCUCCACCCAGGGCGGAGCCAGGUGCUUAGUAAAAUCGGUCCCGCGCUUCGAACCCCGGGCAUUUUGUAGUCCCCAUCUAAACCCCACUUGGAGCAAAAAGGAACUGAGGACCAGGAGUUUUUUAGAAGAUUCCAGGGUUUGGCGGAUUGUAACGGAAGGGAUUGUAACGGAAACCACCCUGUUUUCCGGCUCACAACCGGCGCUUUUGAUUUCAAAGACCAAGUGCUGGGCACUCCCAGGACACUGCUGGUCUGCCUUAGGCCGGGCGAGUCAGGGCGCACUUUCUGCGGGGCCGCCUGGGAGUCGAGGCUGCUGCCGCUACACUAGGAUUUCUCCCUCACCUAAGCUUCUGGAGGUGCAGAUGUAAGAGCAACAACAGACUCGGUUCCUGCCCGGGUUUAUGUCGAAGACCAGGCACCGGGGCCAGGACCUCCGUGGCGCCUUCUGAGCCUUGGCCAAUCCCGACCGCGUUGCUGCCGCCCGCAGGCUAAAGAGUGCGGCCUGCCUGGCCCCUGAAGGUUGCUGCCUUUCAAGUGGUGCCUAAUAAGUUAUUUUCUUGAUUAACAUGUUUGUUUCUUUAUUU